GAUAUUUUAAAGACAUUUUUUAACAAAGCUUGGUUGCUAUCUUCUCUAUUACUAUUUGCAACCGCCGUUCCCUCAACAACGUCGGUCCGAUUGCAGUGUUAAUCGCCGGUCGUUCAUCCUCUUCAUAAACCCCUCUCCCCUCCUCUUCAGCUUUGAAUUUUAUGGCGCAAAGCGACUUCCUCGGCGGCGGAGCCCGGUGGAAAUCUAGGAAGAAGAAGAAGAAGCGAGAGACUGUCUCCGAUGAACGUGGGCAACAAAAUAGUAAAACCAGAAACCCACUUCUCCAAGAUCCUUUUGAGGUUUUAGGUUCUGAUCUAUUAUUGGCGAUACUGAGCUACCUCGAUGCACGCAGCGUGGCACUUUCUCUCCCUGUCUCUCGAUCUUGGUACGCCGUUGCUUCCAGUGAUCGUCUAUGGAGUUCGAAGUGCAUGGAACUGUGGCUCGGGAAAGCACACAUUCCUAGAUUGGCGCAAAGCCGAGGUCUUCCAAAGCUAGCCGCUUAUUCAUUAUCCGUUAUGGAUGGCAAACGAACUCGCAUUAUGAGGGAGGAUUUAUGCGAUCAUGCCUGGCAAUUUCACUUCAAUAAGGUUAAUUUCUGUUUCCUUCAGGAAGCUCCAGUAUACUGGCGAGAUCUUGAUCCGUAUUGGCAAGGAAGCCACCCUCUCAUGCGCCGUUAUUUCCAUCCCGAUGGUACCCAAACUGCAGAUCCUGAUGAUAGAGUAUGGGGUGGCCAUGAAAGCUGCUUUUCUACCGUUACAAGUUUUGUUGGUGAUGGGGAGAUCAGAGAACACUAUGUUAGAAUAAACAGAUGGCCACGAAUGUUUGUGUCAAGGAAUGAAGAUUGGAGCUGGAGGAUGUCGAAUCACUUCACCUCGUACUCGAGCAUAGCCGAUCCUGAAAAGACUGGCGGGACGGGUCCACUUUAACACCAGCUGGUGAUAAAAUUGCUCGUUUGUGUACAGAAUUCUUGGCAGUAUAGUAUAGCAUAGGAAAGGAGUUGGGUUGGAUCACAUGUUCGUUUGGUCCUUUGCCUACAAAUGGGAGUAGCUUUGUAUGUUUCUAGGACUUCUUAAUUGCUAUUGUUAGUUUUUUCAUAGAGAGAAUGUAUUUAGAUGUUAUUUCUUAAUUGUUAUUGUUACGUAACGUAAGGGUAUAAAAAUAAUUAGAUAGGAAGUUAGGGCUUGUAUGUGUACACUCGAGAGGAAGGUUUCAAUAGUUACUUCUUAUAUUUUAAUAUAUUUCAUUUACAGGAUAUCCUAACACUAACUUUACUUUGUUUUUUGUUUUUCUUUGAGAAAACAAACAACAUUAACAGGAUUGCAACAAAAGCUUCUACUCUCCUUGACAAGCUGAAUCGAAUCAAUCAAUGGCGAAAAUCUGGUGACUGAGUGUCUUGAAAUGUCAUUGCUUAAUGCCUUACAAGCAAAGACCAUCAUCUGCCAUCACGUUUUGUUCAUAGUUCAUACACAUCUUCAAAUUCUUAACACCUUUGUCAUGUCAAUCUGUAUGUCAUAAUUCGUACAUUCUUAAGUUUAUAGCUUCUGUUUGCAACCUAGUAUUUGAGUGGGUAUAUUUCACCCAGCAGAAAUAUAGUAUAACUUAUUUGAAGAA